AUGACCUUGGGUCUUCAACAACAAGGUUCUGACCUCGCCUUCGCUCAAUCGACGACGACGAACGACGGAUCGACGACAGUCGGCAGUGAACUUGCGCCAGCUCCCGAGCAUCGUCAUGCUGCUUGGACGGGACAUCGUGCGGAAAAUAGCAGAAGCAAGAGUCAUCAGAAUAUGACCGCACAAAAUGUUGAGGCCGAGGAGCGACCGCCGUAUCUUCAUGCCAUGAUCGCAGGUGGUAUUGGAGGAUCUACUGGUGACUUACUCAUGCACUCACUCGAUACCGUCAAGACAAGACAACAAGGCGACCCCCACGUUCCUUCAAAAUACACAUCUUUGGGCCAAUCCUACUACACCAUAUGGAGACAAGAGGGUAUAAGACGAGGUCUCUACGGCGGAUGGAUUCCUGCGCUAGGCGGUUCAUUCCCUGGCACUGUUAUGUUCUUUGGAACAUAUGAAUGGAGCAAACGGUUCCUAAUCGAUCAUGGUGUACAACAACAUGUAGCAUACCUAGCAGGAGGCUUUCUUGGAGAUCUUGCCGCAUCUAUUGUCUAUGUUCCUUCAGAAGUUCUCAAGACACGACUUCAACUCCAAGGCCGUUACAACAACCCCCAUUUCAGUUCGGGUUAUAACUACCGCGGUACCGUCGACGCAGCUCGAACCAUCGUGCGCGCAGAAGGCGCCUCUGCCUUGUUUUACGGCUACAGGGCUACUCUGUACCGUGAUCUACCCUUCUCGGCCCUGCAAUUCAUGUUCUGGGAGCAAUUCACUACUUGGGCCCGCAAGUACAAGCAGAGCCGCGAAAUCGGCUUCCCCCUCGAGCUUCUCACCGGCGCAGCAGCUGGCGGCCUUGCUGGUGUAAUCACUUGCCCUCUGGACGUUGUCAAGACACGGCUCCAGACACAGGUCAACACCCCCACAGAGUCCCGAGUAGCCAAGGACCACCAUGCCACUUCUCAGGUCCGACAUAUCUCCACCUCCUCCCCCAGCACACACCGACCGCGACCUGGCGCUGUUCCUCUCGAUACAUCCUCCGUCUUCACCGGCCUGCGCAUGAUCUACCGCACAGAAGGCAUCGCGGGAUGGUUCCGCGGCGUCGGACCCCGUGGUGUCUGGACAUUCAUCCAAAGCGGCUGCAUGCUGUUCCUGUACCAACGACUUCUCCGACAACUCGAGGUUUUAAUACCCGAAGAGCGAAAAGAAAUGUAG